UUAAACAAUGCAGUUGAAGAAAAGCAGCCCGAAUUGACAAAUCGAAAAGACACAAUUGAGGCGUUUAAGAAAAAAAUUUUAGCAUGGACACCAGAAACUCAAUAUGCUUCGCUAAUACAUAUCAUUAUCAUUAAUGAGAUAUUUGCUCUACGUAUAUUUGAAUCAAAAAAACAAUUACGAUAUGGUUGGAGUAUAAUAUAUGCUAGCAUAUGCAUUAUUUUAUAUAUAGUAUAUUUAAAUACAAUAAUAAAUAUAAAUUAUAAAAUAUGGUUUGCAUAUAAUGAAAUCAGUUAUAAACUAGCUUCAUAUAUUAAUAUUACAUGCGUCAUGGUUUCUAUAAUUCUUGGAAUGUUGAAUACAGAAGUUCUAAAACUUUCACGGGAACUUAACCAAGCAUAUAAAUAUCAAAUUGUAUUAGAUUUAAUAAUGCAAUUUUCAUCACUAUUGAAUGUGCUUUAUAAUGGAUAUUUUUAUUUAAUAUCCUUAAAAUUAUCAGAAGUAUUAUCGAAUAAAGGACUUAUAGGAUUUUUCGUAUGGAUUUUUCUAUUGUUUAUAAAAAUUAUUUUUUUAAAUAAUCAUUGCACUAAAUUCUAUCACGAGGUAGAAGUAACAACACAUUUACUUCAAGAAUUGGAUAUUUGCUACUUAAAUAGUUCCAUUAAAAAUGAGAUACAACAAUUUUUAUUACAACUUCUACUUCAUCCUUUCAAAUUUACUGCUGGUGGUUACAUUCUUAGCAACAAAUUAUCAACAGAAUUUUUUGGUACUCUGAUCACUUAUUUGGUUGUAUUCAUACAAAUAAGUACAUCGACAAAUAUGAAAUAAAAUCUUUAGGCAAAAUCGUUAAGGAUUAAUGAUUUAUUAUUACUAAAAUCAUGAUUUGUGAUUAUCUAUAUUUAUAUUUUAUAACACAUU